AUGUCGGUGAGCACCAGGAAUAGGAUCAUCCAAGUCACUAAUGUGUCGCCGUCUGCGACAUCCGAACAGCUACGUACAUUAUUUGGUCAUGUUGGGGUCUUAGAAGAUGUGGUUGUGUAUCCCCCAGACGACAGAGAAGAAACGGCAAGCAAGGUCUGCUAUAUUCGUUAUCAAGAGUCUAUAAAUGCUGAAGUUGCUCUGCAUCUAAACAAUACUGUCUUUCUUGACAGAGCACUGAUAGUGCUCCCACUUUCAGUUGACAAGGACUCUAUUCCCGACGAGAAGUAUGCCAACCUUGUCAGAGCUCCUCCCAACACUGCUGCUGGAGUCCUUCCUCGCACAGCUGACUGGCCUCUGGAUGUAAUCAGUAUGGUAGUUGGACGUCCUGGUGAACAAGUUAUUCAUACAUUGGAGCCACGUCUAUCUAGUCUGGCAUUCCCUCUGUACCCACCUCUUCCUGCUACCACUGAUGGGAGCCGCAUAGAAGAGAUUAGGAGAACCAUUUUGGUCACAAAUCUGGAUCCCAAGACAACUGGUGAUCAGGUAUUAGAGUUCUUCAACAAACACGCCGAAGUACGUUGUGUACGGAUGGCUGGAACUGAGUUUGAUCGGGCAGCUUACGUGGAGUUCACUCAACAGCCAUCCAUCAUUAAGGCCUUCGGCCUCAUGGGGGCUACACUGAACGGUCGUCAGAUAAUGGUGCAACAUUCUAACUGUGCUAUCAUCAAACCUGCCAACAAUGUGACGACGCUUGAUGAUAUAAAUAAGCGUUCAGCUCUAAACGAACAGUCGAGUGGUGGACACGGCAGUAAACAUAGUGAUCGUGCUCGCUCACGCUCCCGAUCUCGGGCCCGACGUUCACGGUCCAGACGUAGAUCAACUUCAAGAAGAUAUCGAAGUCGCUCCAGAGAUAGACGACGCUCUCCCUCUCGCCAUAGUCGAGACAGAAGACGGUCGCGGACACGGUCUCGUUCUAGGUCCCAUGGGCAUCGACGCCACACACGUUCGCGUAGCAGAGAUCGUCGCAGAGGUGACCGUGUAAGGUCAAGGUCCCGUAACCACAGGAAGUACCGCCAUUCCCGUUCGCGCUCUGGUCGUCGAUAUUCACGGAGUCGAUCAAGAGGUCGUCGGGGUGAGCACUGCGACCGAAUCAGUAGAAGCAUUAGGGAGAGAGAGCGAACCCGAGAUCGUGAAAGAGAUCGGGAGAAAAUUCGAGAGAGAGAUCGAGAAAAGGACCGCGAACGCAAUCGUGAACCUGACCGCAGAGAACGAGAACGCGAUAAGGGUCGUCACUAUGACAAAGAUCCAGAACGCAGACGUGAUAGUAAACCAGGAAAACACCGUGAUGCUACACCAAAGCAGAGUAAUAGUCAUGAAACAAGUCGACACGACAAAAGGGAAAGAAAUACUGAAGCAAACGGAACGAACCGUCGUCGUAGCCUGACCCCUAAGGACGAAAUUCCAUCCCCACGAAAGAGUAAGUUGAACAAUAGUAGCUGUAGCAACAGUGACGACGAGAGUACCAAGGUAUGCAGUACCGAGGUGAUGGAGAAUGGUAAGACCCAAAGCGAUGACGAAAGUCAGUCGGUCACUGAUCAGCAGACCAAACCAACGGUUGUAGGUGUAAAGUUGGCAGGCCCUGAGGAUAUGGACCAUAUAUAUCCCGAGGACUCACCAAUAAAAUCACCCGCUUCGCAUAAUUCACCGACAGUGAGUCAUCCGGUGAAGCCAUGGACACAGAAGCGUAGGUUUUCGCACCCAAUGUAUCAAAUUCUUUAUCUUCAUUGUAUCAUACUUAUUCUUGAAAUUCUUUUGUCUUGA